CUGCUUGCAACUACAGUCGCUCCGACACAUCGUCCACACAGACUACACCUCGACACCUUCAGGUAACCACCUCUACACCUGACCUUCACGUGACCACCUCUACACCUGUCCUACAGGUGACCACCUUCGAGUACCUUCACCGUCCUUUCUACAGUCGCUGGGUGCGGGUGGUGCUGGCGGUGGUGGAGGUUACCUGGUCAAGAUGGGGUGUAUAUCAGGAAUCGGACGUCUUGUACUUAUCAUCGUCAACACAUUGUCGUGUCUGAUCGGACUGGCCUUACUGGCCUGUGGGGCGGUGAUCAAGUAUUUUCUGGGCCAAGUCUUGAAGUCGGACAUCUUCGACAAAGUCCUGGAAACAGCUUUCAAGAUUUUUGUGCCCAAUAACGAGGCACCAAAGACUAUCGAGUUCGGUCCGUUGACUGACGGCGUUGGCAUCGCGCUGAUGGUGCUGGGCUGUCUAGUCUUGGUCAUCUCUCUCAUCGGCAUCUGUGCUGCCUGCUGCGGCUUCAAGGUUCUUCUUAUACUGUUCAUGAUCUGCGUCGGAGUCCUUGUCAUCGCUCAGAUCAUCGUCGCCUCCGUCUUCCUUCCGAGGAACUCAAAGGUGCAUGACGCUGCCAAGGACAACCUGAUAAACAAGCUCAGCACAGACUACGACCGUCAGCACAUCAACUCCUUCACCAUCUCCUCCGACGUCCUGUUCAUGGCGGCACAGUGCUGUGGAGUGAACGGUCCUCUUGACUUUACCACACCAAGAACCUCACCUUUCAGGAUCAGACCCACACUUACGUCACUCCUCUAGUGCCGCCAUCUUGCUGCAAGCGACAGUACCUGGAGAGACUGGACUGGACGUGUUCAAAGAACUAUGCCAUGAGCUAUGACCAGGGUUGCUAUGAGAAGCUGCAGGACCUGUUGGAGGAGUGGUACCCCUGGCUCAUCCCCGCCAUCGUCAUCUCCAUCCUCGUGCAGGUUGGAGUUAUCGGGGUGGCGGUGUUGGUGUAUGUGGACAAAGGGAACGCAAUCAUCUAAGUGGAGGGUGGAGAAGUCUGUGAUUGUUGUUACCAAGUUCCAGAUAAUCGUCGUCUCCACAAACGGUCGACAACGUGUGAAUAAGACUUUGUUAUGUUUGUUACAUUUACUAACUUUACAAUCAAACACAAAGACAGGUCAGCCACUGGGGGCCUGUCACACAGUAAAUGGCUGAGAGUGACUCCUACAGAACAAAACACAAGGUGGUAAACACACGAGAGUAACAGACACUAACUGUGAUACACACAGUGUCAUACACACUGUAAUACACACUGUAAUUCUGUAGUAAUAUUACAGUGUAAUACACACACAAUGAGACAUAACACAAGCGGGAACAUAUAUAUAGUAACCCACCCGUAAUACCAUAGCACAGUACACACAGUACACUAGUACACUAGUACAGUAGUACACUCAGCCUUAUGUACAAACAGGGGAAAGAGCCACAGGUGCACUUGGCUCUUACAGACUCUAGGACUCGUCGUCAGGGUAUCACGUGAUUCCUGGCGGUGGAAAAUGGGGGAACCGCUAACAGGACCCUCCCUCCCACUCGCCUAACACACACGCACACACACAUGCAACCACACACACAGACACAAGCACGCACACGAACACACAACCACACACACUUCAGGCAGAAUGACACACGUGUCGCAUGUCACACUCCUACAGAGAGGAGGGAGACCAGUGGGGGGGAGUGCCCUCUGUUGGAGGCUGUAGGUGUUUGGCUGUAGACACUAAAGUGAAGGAUGCUAUGUGAUCUCUCACUACCUACCCCCCUGUGUACAGUGCUACCUCGGCCCCCGACUGCUUCGUCUUUCAACAUUUCGGUCCUCGACUAAUAUUUUCGAGAAAAUUGUGUUUUGGUGCUCGACCUCUUGCUGCAAGUAGGAAAAGGAGCGAAAGUAGUAAAAGCAAAACUUUGAAAUAAUAGAAGAGAUUGAGAAGUUAUAAUUGGUGUUGUUUAAGAAAAACAUCAGAAAAUAAACUGAUUUCUUUCAGCCUGAACUCUACUGUAUAGCACUACACAAAAUACAAAGGAGCUCGGUACUGGAGGCUGCCGGAACCCUUAAAUAAACUUUAGUUUUUUUGUCAAAAAGUUCUGGGCACUUACACUGGUCGGCACUCGACAAAGAAAUGGGGGGAGGGCUGAGGUACCACUGUCUGUGAAAAGUGCACAGACAGACAUAUAGACACAAACAUAGACACACACAGACAUAGACACACACACAGACAUGUAGACACACACAGACAUAGACACACAUA